GCUCAUAUAUUAUCUGUGCAUCCCGUUUCCGUCACGUCAGAAAACUGAGAAUAUCAAUUUGUUAUGAAGAAUUAAGUGCUUUGUUAUAAAUUUAAAAUAGAUUAAUUGUUUAGUUAGUCAUGUUAAAGGAUAAAGGACAAGUCACUUUCGAGGAUAAAUGGCCAUCUAUGCGUCCUAUAGUCCUCAAGCUUUUGAAACAAGAGCCGGUAACUCAAAUUGAAUGGCAAGAUCUUUUUGUAGCUGUACAUUCUGUUUGUCUUUGGGACGAAAGAGGACCUUACAAAAUAAGAGAUGCUCUUCAGCAAGACAUAAUGAUGUAUAUUAAACAAGCUCAAGCACGGGUUUUAGCUCAGCGGGAGGAUCAGGCUUUACUGAAAGCUUAUAUAGCAGAAUGGGGAAAAUUUUUCACCCAGUGCAACUAUCUACCUACGCCAUUUCGUCAGUUAGAAAACUCCAUAAACAAUAUAAGUAAAGUCACCAGUUCCAAUACAUCAAAUUCACAAAAAAAGAAUAAUAAUAAUAAUAUAGAGGACAGUUUGGUACGUAAAUUGAUGCUGGAUUCUUGGAAUCAGAGUAUCUUCAUGGAUAUUAAACAGAGAUUGCAAGAUUCUGCUAUGAAAUUAGUACAAGCUGAACGCAAUGGUGAAUCGUUUGACUCACAACUUGUUAUAGGAGUUAGGGAAUCCUAUGUUAAUUUAUGCUCAAAUUCUAUUGAUAAAUUGCAAAUAUACAGAGAUAAUUUUGAAGCAGCUUAUAUGCAAGCCACUGAAGAGUUUUAUAAAUUGAAAGCUAAUGAACAUCUGUUAGCAAAUGGUGUACAGUCUUAUAUGAAGUAUGCAGACCAAAGAUUGAAAGAGGAAGAAGCCAGAGCUCACAGAUAUUUGGAACCUGGAAGUGGUAGUGUAGCUGCACUUACACAAUGUUGUGAGAAAGUAUUGAUUGGAGAGCAUUUACCAACACUACUGGCUGAAAGUGCACCAUUAAUUAAAGCUGGUGAAACAGAUAAACUGCAACUUAUGUUUCGCCUUUUAGAUAGAGUACAUGAAGGGGUUACACCAAUACUUCGGGACCUAGAGGCUCAUAUUGUUUCUGCUGGAUUGGCAGAUAUGGUUGCUUCAGCAGAUAUUAUUACAACAGAUUCUGAAAAAUAUGUUGAGCGUUUAUUAGAUUUAUUUAAAAGAUUCAGUACUCUUGUAAAAGAUGCAUUUAUGGAUGAUCCCAGAUUUUUAACUGCCAGAGACAAAGCUUACAAGUGUGUUGUUAAUGAUACAACAGUUUUUAAAUUGGAACUACCAUCUUCAGCUCUCAUACGAGGUAGUAAAGGUACAGCACCAGAAAGUAAGUGUCCUGAACUUUUGGCAAAUUAUUGUGAUAUGUUGUUACGGAAAACACCUUUAAGUAAACGCUUGACUACAGAGCAAAUAGAAUCUAGACUGAGAGAUGUACUGUUAGUUUUAAAAUAUAUUGAAAAUAAAGAUGUAUUUAUGAGGUAUCAUAAAGCACAUUUAACUAGAAGGUUGAUAUUAGAUUCUAGUGCUGAUUCAGAAAAGGAGGAAGAUAUGGUUGAGUGGCUUCGAGAGGUGGGAAUGCCUGCAGAUUAUGUUAAUAAACUAGCUCGAAUGUUCCAAGACAUUAAAGUCAGUGAAGAUCUAAAUAUACAAUUUAGAGGAGAAACUACACGUCAUGAUGCUAUCAAUAUAAAAAUACUCAAUGCUGGAGCAUGGGCUAGAGGAUCUGAAAGAGUUACUGUAAGUCUUCCUUUAGAAUUAGAAGACUAUAUACCAGAAGUAGAAGAGUUUUAUAAAAAGAAACAUUCUGGACGUAAAUUGCAAUGGUAUCAUCAUAUGAGUAAUGGAACUAUUACUUUUGCAAACUCUGUGGGUAGAUUUGAUCUAGAUGUUACUACUUUUCAAAUGGCGGUAUUGUUUGCAUGGAAUCAAAGACCGCUGGAGAAGAUAAGCUAUGAAAAUUUGAGACUUGCUACUGAACUUCCAGAUCCAGAAUUGAGGAGGACCUUAUGGUCUUUGGUAGCCUUUCCCAAACUUAAGAGACAGUUAUUGUGUUAUGAACCAGUAGUACAGAAUCCUAAGGACUUUAUGGAAAAUACUACUUUUUGGGUCAAUCAAGAAUUUGCACUGAUCAAAAAUGGAAAACCACAAAGAAGGGGUAAAAUUAAUUUAAUUGGAAGGCUUCAAUUAAGUACUGAACGUUCCCAGCUAGAAGACAAUCAUUCAAUAGUACAACUUCGAAUUUUAAGAACUCAGGAAGCCAUUAUAAAGAUACUGAAGAUGCGAAAACGUAUAACUAAUACUGCACUCCAGAGUGAAUUGGUGGAAAUAUUAAAGAAUAUGUUUUUGCCUUCCAAAAAGAUGAUAAAAGAGCAAUUAGAAUGGUUGAUUGAACACAAGUACAUGCGACGGGAUGAUGAAGAUAUUAAUACGUUUAUAUAUAUGGCCUAAAAUUCCUUAUCACAAGUGUAAAUGAACAAAUCAAAAUAAAUUAUUUACUCAUGA